AUGUCAGACGUUGCUUCCUCGCUGUCGCCCGGUGCUCCUGCUGCCGGGACGACGUAUGUGGCCGACGGGGGGCAGGUGCAGUACGCCGAGAUGCAAAACCCCAACCCGCCCAAGCUGGCCACCCCGCGCUACACCCUGCCGCCGCUGCCUUACGCCUACGACGCUCUCGAGCCCGCCAUCUCGGCCGAGAUCAUGACCCUCCACCACACCAAGCACCACCAGGCCUACGUCACGAACCUCAACGCCGCCCUCGCCAAGCACGACGACGCCGCCGCCGCCGCCUCCCUCGCCGACCAGCUCGCCCUGCACCCGGCCCUGCGCUUCAACGCCGGCGGCCACAUCAACCACAGCCUCUUCUGGCGCAACCUCGCCCCGGCCGCGAGCCCCGACGCCCAGCACCCCGAGGCCGCCGCCCCGCGCCUCGCCGCCGCCGUCGUCGCCACCUGGGGCUCCUUCGACGCCAUGCUCGACGCCUUUUCGCGCGCCCUCGUCGGCGUCCAGGGCAGCGGCUGGGGGUGGCUCGUCAAGCAGGACGUCGGCGGCGGCGGCGGCAGCGUUCUGCGCAUCGUGACGGCGCGCGACCAGGAUCUCGUCGCCAAACGGGCCUGGCGAGACCCCCAUCGUCGGCGUCGACGUCUGGGAGCACGCGUAUUACCUGCAGUACAAGAACGCGCGGGCCGCGUACGUCGACGCCGUGUGGAGCGUCAUCAACUGGACCGAGGCCGAGGUGCGCUACACGGGCACGCGCCAUGA